AUGAAGUUCUACACAGUCUUUACCGCUGCGCUGGCAAGCUACACCCUAGCUUCACCCAUCAUCAUCACUUCAGACUCAACCACCAUCUCAAACCGUGGUCUGUCUCAAGAAUUCGCACCACGUAUCGGUGUCACCUUGCCCACUGGUUCAAAAAAGGUUCCUCGCGCUGUAUCAGAUCGUAUCCGACGCACAAGCAAGAACCACGAUAGUGUCAUUAAACUCAUGGACUUUGUCGCUGCGAGAGUACGUGAUGAAUGUCGAGAUAUAAAUGUUGCGAUCAAGGCAGUCAAGUUUGAGGGUUUGAAGGAUGGAGCUGUCGCGACAACAGUCCGCACCAUGAACACCAUAAGAACACUCUUAUCCAAGACAGUUUCUCAAUUGGACACCACUCCAAACAUGGAGUUUACCAAAGAAGAGCGCCUAACGAUCAUCAAUGAUGUACAAAUCGUCACGAGCGAGUUUUUCGAGACCACCAAAGACUACAUCGACACCUUGGGAGGCUCAUCAGGAGGACGCUCAAUCUCCCGCGCGGCACAAAUGCUCACCGAUGCACUAGAGAGCAUUGUCGCUGUUGAUGCAGAACUUGCUUCCGAUAUGAAUCGCAAGCUAACACCUAUCUUCUCUGGCGUUGGCGAUGACGAUGAAGAUUUGCUCAACGUUGUCAUGAGCUCUAUUACGAGCUUCGUAUCGUCAAUGAAGCCUGCUACAUGUAGCACUAAAGAUUGUUCCAGCAAUCAGAACGAAGAAUUGAGAUGA